UUCUUCUGCAUAUAUUUAGCCGCUUACAUUUCUCCACCCUCUCUUGUCUUAAGAAUAACAGCCAUGGGAGAGGUAGACCCAGCGUUCGUCCAAGCCGCCGAGCACAGGCCGAAGCUCAAACCCGUCGAGGUGGCUGAUGAAAUCCCCGUCAUCGACCUCUCCGACUUCCUCAACCCCCAUCACAAAAACACCCAACAAGUUAUUUCCGAUGUCGGCAGCUCGUGCGAGAAAUGGGGAUUCUUCCAAGUGGUGAACCACGGGGUUCCGGCGGAGCUGCGUAGAAAAGUGGAGGCGGUGGCGAAGAAAUUCUUUGAUGGGCCGUUGGAGGAGAAGAGGAAGGUGAAGCGGGACGAGGUGAACGCGAUGGGAUACUACGAAAGCGAGCACACUAAAAACGUGAGGGACUGGAAGGAGGUUUUUGAUUAUUUGGUCCAAGAUCCGACACAGAUUCCGGCGUCGCAUGAACCUGAUGACAAGGAGUUGAGGAUUUUGACCAAUCAGUGGCCCCUGUUCCCGGCCGAUUUCAGGGAAGCAUGUGAGGAGUACGCACGAGAAGUGGAAAAACUGGCUUACAAGUUGCUGGAACUUAUUUCCCUGAGUUUAGGCUUACCAGCUAAUCGUUUGAAUGGCUACUUCAAAGACCAAACCAGCAUUCUCCGUCUCAACCACUAUCCACCGUGCCCUUUCCCCCACCUAGCUCUUGGUGUUGGCCACCACAAGGAUGCCGGUGCCUUAACCAUCCUUGCCCAGGAUGAUGUUGGAGGGUUAGAAGUUAGGCGGAAAUCAGACGGAGAGUGGAUUCCGGUGACACCUACCCCUGAUGCCUAUAUCAUUAAUGUUGGUGAUAUGUUUCAGGUUUGGAGCAAUGACAAGUAUGAGAGUGUGGAGCACAGGGUGGUGGUCAAUUCUACGAAGGAAAGGUUUUCAAUUCCAUUCUUCUUCUUCCCAUCCCACUAUACCAUUGUGAAGCCUCUGGAGGAGCUACUAAAUGAGCAGAGCCCUGCCAAGUACAGGGAAUACAACUGGGGAAAGUUUUUCGCCACUAGAAACCGCAGUGAUUUCAAGAAGCUCGAUGUGGAGAACAUCCAAAUUUCGCAUUUUAGAGUACUAUAAGAUUAAUUGUGGUAACAGUAACACUGUAUAGUAGAUUGUUAUAUGAUUAUAAUACAACUGAGAUGAUGUGGUAGUGAAAAUGAGCGUUUAGAUUAACAAGAGCUUGUAGAAAAGAAAAAUUAAAGGCUGAUUUUAUUGCUGCGUCAUCUUAAUUGUACGACAGUAGUAUAGCAGUUUACUAAAUAGCAUUUAUUAUUGUGGUAAUAAUGUGAUGUUUAUGUAUCUAGUAGCAAUAAUGGGCUCCUUUAGCCUCUUGAAAUUGCGACAUGCUAAUAAAAAGACGGGCUUCUGAAAUA